CGUUCACCCGUUCUCUUCGACCUGGACCAAUUCGCGAACAGCUUUUCGUAACAACGAGAGGAAGCUAACUUGUGUGUAGGCUCUUUGUACUCCGAAAACCAAUUGCGGACGCUGGGCUCUGCUUUGAGGUCUCGCGCAACCGGGCAUCGUCUUUGACCGUCGCGCAAUAAGCAUCGGUGUCCUCUCAAGAACUUUUGACUGUUCAACACAUUCCAUUCCGCAAAGCAUUACAUUGUCUCCACACAGACAUGUACAUAGAAGAGUUGAUUAUUGAGGGGUUCAAAUCAUAUGCAACUCGAACAAUAAUUAGUGGCUGGGAUCGCGAGUUUAACGCUAUAACUGGACUGAACGGCUCUGGAAAAUCCAAUAUUCUGGACUCAAUAUGCUUUGUAUUGGGAAUAUCUACGCUUUCUCAUGUGCGAGCCAACAACCUGCAAGAUUUGGUGUACAAACGUGGCCAGGCGGGUAUCACCAAAGCCUCUGUGACGAUUGUAUUCAACAAUGAGGAUCGCGAGAGAAGUCCUCCUGGAUACGAGAAUCAUAAACAAAUAUCCGUUACGCGACAGAUCGUGGUCAAUGGGCGUAACAAAUACAUUGUCAAUGGUCACAACAAAAACCAGCAGGACGUAGCGAAUAUGUUUCAAUCCGUCCAACUGAAUGUCAACAAUCCCCACUUCCUGAUUAUGCAAGGACGAAUCACGAAGGUGCUUAAUAUGAAGCCACCUGAAAUUCUUGCGAUGAUUGAGGAAGCUGCGGGGACCAGAAUGUUUGAGGAUCGGAAGGAAAAGGCGUUCAAGACUAUGAGCAAAAAGGAUGCAAAGCUUGAAGAGAUCAAUACGUUACUGGAAACGGAGAUUGGGCCAAAACUGGAGAAAUUGCGCGAAUCGAAACGAACCUUUCUGGAGUACCAGAAAAUGGCGGCUGACCUAGAUCAGCUACGCCGUUUGCUUAUAGCCCAUGACUAUGUGAAAUACCAGACCAAGCUCGAGACAUCGGGUCAAGAUUUGGAAGAAAAAAAAGAUCGAAUUGUUACUCUAGAGCAAAUGCAAGGUGUCCUGGCACAGGAUAUGGAAGAUAUUGAUGAUAAGAUAGCUGAAAUUGUGGCGGAAAGGGAGAAGGAUUCAGCCCAGCUGACUAAACUGGAAAGCACCUUUAAAGAAUACGCCAAGGAGCUCGUCAAAGUCCAAACCCAGUGUAAACUCAAAGAGGACACCAUUGCCGACGAGCAGAAGAACAAAAAUUCCCUGCUCAAAGAAAAAACGGAGACCGAGCAAGCUUUGUUAGACGGGAAGGCAAAGUAUGAAAAGCUUACGGCGGACUUUGAGUCGACCAUGAAAGAGCAUGAGGAAAAGGCUGAGAGCAUUCGUAAGCUGGAGGAUCUGAUUCAGACGCUUUCUACUGGACUAGCAGCGAAGGAAGGUCAGGAGAAUGGAUAUCAGACUCAGCUGCAAGAUGCCAAUAAGGCUGUGAGCACAGCCGCGUCAGAAGCUGAGCAAGCGAAACUGAAGAUCACUCAUUUGAAGAAAGAGCUGCAGGAAAAACUGCCAAAGGCCAAGGCAGCGGAAAAACAGAAUAGCUCCCUUUUGGCGGAAGUCAAGGCGAACAAAAAUGUUACUGAGAUGCUACAGAGCCAACUCAACGAUCUUUCCUGGAACCCUGAUCGAGAGAUGGAACUUUUACGGCAGAAGCAAGUCAGCCAAAGUGCAGUAAACGACCUACGAGAGCGCAUUGACGGGCUUGAACGGGAGCUUUCUGCAUUCCAAUUUGACUAUACGGAUCCCGCUCCCAACUUCGAUCGCCGAAAAGUCAAAGGACUUGUCGCCGAACUUGUGACAAUAUCAAAGGAAAACUUUGAUUCCGCUACAGCCUUGGAGAUCUGCGCUGGAGGGAAAUUGUAUAAUGUGGUGGUGGAGUCAGAAAUUGUCGGUACACAACUGCUUCAAAAAGGUCGACUUAAGCGACGGGUCACCAUCAUCCCCUUAAAUAAGAUCUCUGCGUUCAAGAUACAGGCUGAGCGGCUCGCCACUGCCAAAAGAUUGGCCCCUGGAAAGGUUGAUCUGGCACUCAACCUUGUGGGAUACGAUGAUGAAGUUGAAGCCGCUAUGAACUAUGUUUUCGGAUCAGCUUUGGUCUGCAAAGAUGCGGACACUGCCAAGCGUGUGACGUUUGAUAAAGGUGUCCGUAUGCGCUCGAUCACCCUGGAAGGUGAUACAUACGACCCUUCAGGACAACUUUCAGGAGGUUCAAAACCCAACUCUGCAGGAGUAUUGCUUAAACUUGGCACCCUGAAAGACCUUCGAAAGAAACUUGCGGAUAUGGAAAACGGGUUGAAGGAAGUCGUUCGGGAGUACGAGGGGUAUCAGCGGACGGCAAGCCACUACCAAGGCCUGAAGCAAAAACUGGAUUUGAAGCUACACGAGGGCCGUCUAUUGGAAGAGCGUCUGAAUACCAAUGCUAGUGCCCAGAUAAUACAACACGUUGAAAGCUUGAGAAAACAGCUGCAAGAGCAAGAAACGCUACGACAUGAGUGUUUGGAAAGGAAGGCAGCAGCCCAGGAAAGACGUACUCACAUUGAGCAAGAGAUGAAGGAGUUCUCUGCUCACCGCGAGGAUAAGCUGAAAUCAUUACAGAAAGAGCUUGCCACCGGCAAGGCACAGUUAGCCAAAGCUGCUCCUGAAAUCAAAAAGGUACAGCAACAGAUAGAUCUUUCAAAGGAAGAAGCAGCGCAACUUGAAAAAGAGAUUGUUCAGCUGGAGCAUCAAAUUCGCCAAGUGGAAAAGGUUAUCGACGAUUAUGUCAAUGAGGAGCGAGUGCUGAAGGAUACAUUAGCAGAAAUUAAGCGCUCCUACGAUACAGCAGAAUAUGCGCUUGAGCAUGAGCGCCAGGCACUGUCCGCCUUUGAUGUAGAAACCAAAGAGCUAGAAACGCAAAAAAAGGAAAAGAAGCAGCUACUGGAGGAUUGUAAACUUGAAGUGCAGAAGUUGAAACAUGAGCUGGAAAAGUUCCAUUCUGAACGAGAGCAUGCAAAUCGAAGAGUUAAAGAACUCGUCCAGAAUCAUCCAUGGAUACCCGAUCAACAGCAAUUAUUCGGCAAACCUGGAACGGGCUAUGAUUUCGCAAAGCAGGAUCUUGGGGAAGUCAGGAAACGUGUGAACCAACUUGAAGAACGGCACAAGAUGUUGGAACGCAAGCUUGAUCAGCAUGUUAUGGACAAAUAUGACCGCGUUGAAAAGAAGGAAACUCAAUUGAAGCAAAUGCUGGCCACUGUGAAAAGAGACAAGAGAAAAAUUCAGGAAACAAUCGGCGAGUUGGACAAGUACAAGCGGGAAGCGUUGCGCAAGACCUGGGAGAAAGUAAAUGUAGAUUUCGGGGCCAUCUUUGGUGAUCUAUUGCCUGGUAAUUCGUCCAAGCUCGAGCCACCAGAAGGUCAGGAUAUUACCGAAGGGCUUGAAGUCAAGGUGGCAUUGGGUGGGGUGUGGAAACAAAGUCUGACAGAACUCAGCGGAGGACAAAGAUCGCUCAUUGCGCUCUCCUUGAUUCUCUCGCUUCUCCAGUACAAACCAGCGCCCAUGUACAUUUUGGACGAAGUCGACUCGGCGCUGGAUCUAUCACAUACACAAAAUAUUGGACAACUUAUUCGCACGCGAUUUAAUGGCUCCCAAUUUAUUAUUGUAUCUCUCAAAGAUGGCAUGUUCAAUAACGCAAACGUGCUUUUCAAGACCAAGUUUAGGGAUGGGGUAUCUACAGUUGAGCGUAUUGCCCAAAGAGAUAAGGAACGAUCUGCGGCCACAUCGACGGCUGGCAAAAAGGGCCGAGUGGUCGGCGUGGUUCGUGGUGGAGUUAUGACACCUAGACGGAUGAAUUGAUAGUUUUGUUAAUAUUUUAUAUGCUGUGGAUACCGUCAAACAAGACAGAUAUUGUUCCAGGUGCUUGUUCAUCACGUAUAAAAGCUGC